AUGGUGUGGGACUGUGUUGAGCGGCGCGCCGCUUCGCUGUUCCGGCAGCUCGGCUUCGUCGUCGUCGAUCAUCCGCUGCCGUUCAUCGUGUUCCCGCUAUUGUUCACCGUCGCAAUGGGCGUUGGAAUGCUACAUCUGAAUCCACUCACCGACGCCGUCUACCUGUUCACGCCGAUGGGCGCGCAGAGCAAAAUGGAAAGGUUGGCGAUUCACGAGAAAUGGCCGCUCACCGACAACAACUAUGUGCCCGGACGAGCGGUGACGCAAAAUCGCGAAAUUCAGGUGACCGCUCUCGCCAAAAACGAUUCAAAUAUACUGCAAGCCGAUUUCGCGCAAGCUGUCUACGAACUCGACAAGUAUAUUCAAACAAGAGUUCGUGUACUCUUCAAUGGUCAUUAUUACAGCUACAAGGAUUUAUGUUUGCAAUAUAAAAACGGCGGUUGCCCAUCCAACAAACAUGUACAUAUUCUUUCGGAUCUUUAUAAUCAUGGAUUUAACAUUACUUAUCCGUAUUUCCGGUUUGGAACCGAAGGCGGCUAUCUCGGCAGCAGUUUGGGCGGUGUCACACUGAUGAAAGGCGCGAACGACACAGAGAUAUUGGCGUCGGCGCGCGCUUGGUUCAUGAUCUACCACUUGAAAUUCCAUCCGGAGGAGAUGAGCUUCAUCUCCGGCGAGUGGGAGCUGGAGCUCGGCAGAAAGUUGAAGGAGUACCCCGACGAUCCGUACAUUGCAAUCACCUAUUUUCACUCGCAAACGCUUGCUGAUGAAUUGAAACGCAACGCCGAUUCAUUAGUUCCACGCUUCGUCGUUUCAUUCACAUUGCUUGUCACCUUCUCAACGAUUUGCUCGCUUUGCUUCGUCGACGGCACGUUCUGCAUCGAUUGGGCGCUGUCGAAGCCGCUGCUGUCGAUUCUCGGCGUCGUCAACGCCGGCAUCGCGAUACUCACCGGCAUCGGCUGCCUGUCGCUGAUGGGAUUCCCGUACAACGACAUCGUCGGCGUCAUGCCGUUUCUCGUCGUCGCCGUCGGCACCGACAACAUGUUUCUGAUGGUGGCGGCGGUGCGGCGAACGUCGCGAACGCUGCCGGUGCACGAGCGAAUGGGCGAAUGCAUGGCGGACGCGGCCGUCUCGAUUCUCAUCACCUCAUCGACUGAUGUGUUGUCGUUUGGCGUUGGCACCAUCACCACCAUACCCGCCGUUCAGAUAUUCUGCGUCUACACGGGUGUCGCCAUUUUUUUCGCCUUCAUUUAUCAGAUCACAUUCUUCGCUGCUUGCCUCGCGAUCGCGAUGAAAUAUGAGGAGGAGGGCCGCAAUUCGCUGUUUCUGAUGCCGACGGUGCCCGAAGAGCAUCACGAAUCGGUGUCGUUGAUCAAACGCGUCUUCAAUCUCGGCACGGCGCCGAACAAACUGGCGACGCAUGACAUCAAGCAGCCGCUGACGGCGAGAUUCUUUGCCGAUUGGUACGCGCCGGUCCUGAUGCAUCCGGUGGUGCGCGCGUUGAGUAUGAUAUGGUUUGUGAUCUACUUGAUGGGCGCCUCGUACGGAUGUUCGCGUAUCAAAGAGGGCUUGGAGCCGGUCAAUUUGCUCGUCGAGGAUUCGUACGCGAUUCCGCACUAUCGGCUCCUCGAGAAGUACUUCUGGAAGUAUGGACCACAAUUGCAGAUUGUCGUGAACAACGCGCCGGAUUUGAGGAAUCACACGAAUCGCGAUCGAAUCCACUCGAUGGUUUUGGACUUUGCCACUAGCAAACACGCGAUCGGGCUCGAAUCCGUCGAAUUUUGGCUGUUUGAAAUGGAGAGGUACUAUCAACAGGAUCUUCAAGUGCAGAUCAUUGAUUCGUCGUUCUACGGACUCCUUCAACACUAUCUACAAUCGAAGACGAACAAUCAGUUGGCGGAGGAUUUGUAUUGGGGAAAGUUUGAUGGCGAUAAUGAGACGGUUGUCACCAGUUUUCGAUUCAUUGUUGGAAUGAAGGAUUUGGUGACGACGAUGGAUCAGACGGAAGCGACGUUGUCGUUCCGUGAGGUCGCUUCGCGAUGGCCUGAAUACAAUGUGACGACGUUUAUGCCGAUCUGGCUGUUCACCGACCAAUACGUCAUCAUCAUCCCGAACACGGUGCAAAACAUCUUCAUCGCCCUUCUUGUGAUGAUCUUCAUCGCGUUGAUUCUCAUCCCGCAGCCGAUGUGCUCGUUGUGGGUGGCGCUCGCGUGCGCCAGCAUCGAUUUUGGCGUCAUCGGCUACAUGACGCUGUGGAACGUGAAUCUCGACGCAAUAUCAAUGAUCACGAUCAUCAUGUCGAUCGGUUUCUCCGUCGAUUAUUCGGCGCACAUCGCCUAUGGCUAUGUGGUGUCGCGUGAGGCGUCGGCGUCGGGACGAGUUCGCGAGGCGCUAUCGGCGCUCGGUUGGCCGCUGGUCCAAGGUGGACUCUCGACGAUAUUGGCGGUGUCGGUGCUCGCCGACAUUCCCGCCUACAUGAUCGGGACGUUCUUCAAAACGGUGGUGUUGUCGAUAUCUCUCGGCCUUCUCCACGGUCUCGUCUUUUUGCCGGUCCUUCUAUCGAUAUUCGUUCGCGGCUGCUGCAUCAUGCCGCCGAGUCAGAAUGUGCAUCCGGCGAUUGACAAAGUUGAAAAGUUCGAAAGCGGCGUUCGACUGGAACGCGAAAAAUCGGCGACGUCGAUCGGCUACUCGAUUCGGACGUCGUCGCCAGUGAGCGGCACGACGGCGCCGCGCUUCGAAUUCCAGGAGGAGUCGUCGCCGACGGUACACAAUCGAUCGCGCUCGUCGAUGAAAUCCGAACAUCUCGACUGA